AUGUCUGACCACGAGGAGACUGUGUCGGAGCACGGGUUCAAGACACCCAUCCCCGAACUCGACGACCAUCGUCACCAAAUGACAUAUACCCCUCAUCUGGACCGUCCUCGCCGAGGCACUUUCGACACGCUCUACGGAGCUCGUCUGCUAGGACCCGAAUCAGCCAUGGGAGAUCCGUCAGCGAGCAUUCGGGUUCGGGAUUUCGAGGAGGCAGUCGUUGACGACGAAGGCGCAGACGUGUCGCCAACCGCGCGUCGUGUGCGCCGACCGACCGUUGAGACAAUGACCGAUCAGCGAUCGUUGUCACCACCAAACUCCGUCAAGGCCUUCGCGGAGGCACGUCGACGGGAGCGAGGCUUGUCCGUCUCCGAGUCCAAGCCCGAGAGGAACGGCGACGACAACGAGCUCCACCGGGCCGUCUCUAUCAGUAGCCGUCGAAGCCACCGCAGUAGACCUCACACGGUCGACGACGGUGCUAGUCUCGCUACCAACAAGUCUGCUGAAGACGACGUCUGCUUUCCGGUCCCGGAUGGUCGGCGCAAGGACCAGUUGUACAUCGACUUUGACUAUCUUGAAAACUUCGUGCAAUCGGACCGGGCCUCGCGGGUUGAAAGCCGUCAAGACUCUCUACGUGCUUUCCCGGAUCUCAGGCAGCAAGCAACUGAGCCUGCUCAGCCUCAGCUGCAGCUCCACACUGUGGAUGGGGAUAUUCUCGAUAUGCCAUCGGACUCCUCAACGGGCCAGGAUGCCGAGAAAGAGCCUGCCGUCGAUGAAGAGCCCCAGGCGAAACCUGAGCGUCUCCAACAACCGGUGGAUCCCAACCGCUUCAGCUUCUUUUCUUCGGCGUGGGAAUCGACGAUCCACGCGGCAGAGCUUGGGGACCUUGUUCUUCCUGGCGAAGACCUUCGUGGUCUCUUCGCCCUGCCCGCCGAUGAAUCGGAUGGUGUUUGGUGGCUGAACGUCAAUAACCCCACCAAGGAGGAGGUCGUGGCCAUCUGCAAGGCGUUCGGUGUUCACCCGCUCACCAUCGAGGACAUCACGACUCAGGAGGCCCGCGAAAAGAUUGAGCUUUUUCCCUCGUACUACUUUGCGAGCUUCCGAUCUUUCCACGCGGUCGAUGAAGAUGACGGCAUAGAGUACGAGCCGUUCAACAUCUAUGUGGUCGUCUUUCGCGAGGGCACCCUUAGCUUCAGCUUUGAGCCCAAUGCUCACGCGUCUCAUGUUCGGAAGCGCAUUGCGUUGCUCAAGGACUACGUUGCCCUCAGCAGCGACUGGAUUUGCUAUGCUCUCAUUGACGACAUUGUGGACUGCUUUGCUCCGGUUAUCCGCGAGAUUGAGUUGGAGGCAGACGCCAUCGAGGAUGGUGUUUUCGUCGCCCGUGAGGACGACUCUAACGCCUUCCUCCGCUCAAUCGGUCGCGUCCGCAAGAAUACCAUGGCUCUGAUGCGCCUCCUUGGAGGCAAGGCCGAUGUGCUUCGAGGCUUCACCAAGCGUUGCAACGAGAACUAUAAGGUCACUCCCCGUAUGGACAUUGGCCUCUAUCUUGGUGACAUUCAGGACCACGUUGUCACUAUGGUUACGAACCUUGGCCAUUUCGAGAAGAUUUUGUCCCGCUCUCACAGCAAUUAUCUCGCCCAGCUUUCCAUCAACAGCAUUUCUCAGGGCACCCACACGAACUUGGUUCUGAGCAAGAUCACGUUCUUGGCAUCAAUCCUCGUCCCGCUGAAUCUCGUCAGUGGUUUGUUUGGCAUGAACGUGAAGGUUCCUUUUGGGGGAGGCGAGAAUCUCAUUCCAUUCUUCACCAUUUUGGGAAGCUUGAUCUUCUUCUGUAUCGUGAGCUUGACUUUGGCUCGCAAGUACAAGUACAUCUGA